AUGGACACCCCACCACCACGAAACCACUACACCACCCUUUCCCUCCCCCCCUCUCUCUUCUCCAGCGGCCUCACCCCCGAAGAGAUAAAACAAACCCUCAAGAAAUCCUACCGCCGCGCCCUGCUGGCUCACCACCCGGAUAAAUUAACCGCCUCCUCCACAUCAGUGACGAUAGACGAAAUAACACUAGCCUACACCACCCUCUCCACCCCCUCCCUCCGCCAAGCCCACGAUCUAUCCCUCUCCUCCUCGGGUUAUGGCCCAGCAGCGCUAGGGAGACAUAAACUCCAAACCGGAAUCGAAACAAUCGACUUGGACGACCUCACUCAUCAUGAAGGGGAGGAGGAAGAUGAAUGGUACAAACCCUGCCGGUGCGGCAAUCCCAAAGGCUUCCUAGUUCACGAAUCAGAUCUCGAAGAGGCGGCAAAUGGAGGGUUGGAAGAGGUUGUCGUCGGCUGUCAGGAUUGCAGUUUGUGGCUCAGGGUUGUCUUUGGUGUAGUUGUUCAAGAUCAAGAUCAGGAGGGGGAGACUCCAGAACAGAAAAAGGGGGAGACACCUGCUGCGGAGAGGAGGUGA